UUCCACUUGUACGUAGACGAAGCACACAGUAUAGGAGCCUUGGGACCUCGCGGGAGAGGAGUAUGUGAUUACUACGGCAUAGACCCGUCUGAAGUUGACAUUCUCAUGGGUACAUUCACCAAAUCCUUCGGAGCAGCCGGAGGUUAUAUUGCCGCGUCUCCGGAAAUAAUCUCCCAUCUUCGUCUUUUCAACUAUUCAUCAAUAUAUGCGGAAUCUAUAUCUCCGAUAGUUCUCCAGCAAAUAUACACCUCCAUGACCAUUAUUAUGGGUGAAGAUGGCACAACAAAUGGACGAGAAAGACUGGAAAGGCUUGCUUUCAAUGCGAGGUAUCUGGGCACGAAUUUGAAAAGAUUAGGGUUUAUUUUGUACGGAGACAGAGACUCGCCUAUUUUACCAUUAUUAUUAUAUAACCCGGCCAAGAUUCCGGCGUUUUCGAGGGAAUUGUUGAAGAGAGGGAUUGCAGUUGUAGUCGUUGGCUAUCCCGCAACCCCCAUCAUUUCUUCUAGAGCGAGGUUUUGCGUGAGUGCUGCUCAUACUAAGGAGGAUUUAGAUGAGAUAUUGAGGGUCUGUGCUGAAGUUGGGGAAAUUUUACAGUUAAAGUUAUCGAGUAAAUCACCAGGGUUAAGUAUAGAGGAUGUAUUGAGAGAUGGGGAGAUAGGGUUGUGA